CAUUCGCGCAGCGUGUCCGACAUUAAGGACUACGAAACCGCGAGAAAAAUGUGCAUUGACAUGCUCCAGUCUUCAUUCGAUUGGGUUGGAGAACCAUAUCUAUUGCGACCACCCCCAACACCGAAUUUGCCUAAGAAACGAAGGCGCGUUGAUGACAGGCUCGAAAGUGACGAUGAUGGCGAAGACAAGGAUCGUGUUCAGGGCAAGUCGUUCUUCUAUCAGCCUCUCUCGGAUCAAUCUGUGCAAAAUGAACAGGAAAAGGAGUGGCAGGAGGAUUCCAUUGAACGUGGGCAGGUGAACCUAGUCGACCAUGGACAAGACACCCUCGUCGGGCAUAAAGAGGAGCAUUUGAUCGAUUUUGGGCAAGGGAGAACUACCGGUCCAGGACAGGAGGAUCAAGCUCGCCAUAGACAGGAGGACCUAACCAACUGUGGGCAGGGACUCACCGCUGAACAUAAACAAGACAGUUCUACCAAGCACGGACAGCGAGACUUAUUUGACUAUGGGCAGGAGGACAUUGACGAAGUCGAGGAGGAGGAGGAGGAGGAGGAGGAGACCCUCCAAAUCCCGGUAUUACAUUGAAGAUGAGAUGAAUUCGUGCAAAGGAUGUCUUUCUUACUGAAAUGGGUGUGUUUUCUUGUAUUGAUAGGCACGACAUGUUGCUAUCUGCAAUGCUGUACGAGCACGUCAGGGUGGAGAUAUUCGGAUUGUUCGAAGAUAUUUAUGUGCUGAUUCGGCAACGGAACGCUUGCAGCAUGACGAUGGGCAUAGAGACGCACCUGGCGACAUCCUUGUCGACCCAGCAAUCGAGGGUUCUACACUGAUUGAGAUACCGUCAAACUCCCAGGAAGUCGACACUGCGGCCGCAGAGAAACAGCAGGAUGCAAUGAACACGGAUGCCGAAAUUGUAGACAAACUGCAAAAUGAGUUUACC